AUGCCGCUCAAGGUCGUUGUAGUAGGAGGCGGUAUUGGAGGUUUGGCCGCUGCCGGAUACCUCCGCGCCAACCACAAUGUCACGGUCCUCGAGCGCGGUCGUCUGGGUUCGGCGAGUGACGACGACUAUGGUCUAUCAGUGGUCGCUAAUGCGUUUGGACUUCUCCAGAAAGCCGGAGUGAGUUUUGAGAACCUCGAUACAGUGAUUAUGACCCACAUCUGGGCCAGAAACCAUAAGAAUGAGGAAAUCAGGACGAUGCAUUUUGAUACCCGCUCGCGGUUCGGCGGAGCGCCUUCCAUUCUUGCCAAGAGAGUCAAGAUCCAGUCGGAGCUCGUCAGAUUUGCAACAAGCGCCGAUUUCCCUGGCCAACCUGCAAAUAUCAUCCAAGGUGCCCGAGUUGCCAGCGUUGAUGCCGAUAAUGGCAAGGUCAUACUGGAAGACGGCUCAGUCAUCGAAGGCGACCUUAUUGUUGGCGCAGAUGGCAUCAGCUCUGUAGUGAGAACAGCUAUAUAUUCAGACCUCAACACUGCCCCGGCGCCACAGACUCACGAUCUGCUGCUCUUCAUGACAAAGGUGUCCAUCGAGGCUGUUCGAAAUGAUCCAGACCUGGCAUUCCUCUCCGAGCCAACCAAACAGGCGGGUCUUACAACUUGUUAUCCGCCAAAUGGCCCCCAGUCCAAGAGACGCAUGCUCAUGUACCAUGUUUCCCCACGAGAGCUGCAGGUGCUUGGGUAUACUACUGAAAAGGAGUUCAGGGACCAGUUUGACAUAUCCAAAUCCAGUAUCAUCAGAAACGUACCAACCUCUCGAGUCGUGGACGAGUUUUCUGCAGAUUUCCCAGAGAGCUUCGUAAACCUCUUCAAGAUCGGCCAAAACAUUGACGCGUGGAGAAUCAGAGAUGUACCACCAAUCGACAGAUGGUCUCGAGGCAAGGCGGUCUUGAUCGGUGACGCAGCCCAUGCCGUUACCCCUCAUGCAGGUCAAGGAUGCAACAUUACGAUCGAGGACGCUGAGGCUUUGGGUUUUAUUCUCAGAGAUAUCGAGACGGCAGAUGCCCUGCCGGAUGUGCUAGAGAGAUUUGUCAAACUUCGCAAGGAGCGUGCCCAGUAUGUAGCUCGGCGCUCGAGGGAGCUGGGCAACAUUCAGUCCGAAGACGACAAGUCAUAUGGCCCGAUUGGCCAGGAGGCCUUUGCCAAGACGAUCUAUAGCUAUAGAGGAGCAGAGGCAGCCGCUAAUGAGUCUCAUUCCAGUGAGAUCGCAGCAAAGUAG